GAGUAAGCUGACCUUGGUGGUUGUGCUACAUAUUUACAUGUGAUUACAUAUCUGAUUCUACUACUGAGCUCUACUGAAGAUUUCCCAGUAAUGAAUAUGACAUCAUCAAAUGAGACAAAUAUGUCACAGCCGAAAGAGGAAAAAGAUGAGAUGGUAUCAUCAUCAGAUCAGAUUGUCAAUGUAAUACAACAGCAGCAACAGACAGAUGGCGGUAUAUUCCUUGAUAAAACAAAUAGUGGCAGUCCAUCUUUAGCUACAGUUGGCCUAAGUAACAACAAUACAACCCUAAUUGGUGCAAACAAUGGAGCAAAUGAUGUACCAACAUGCUCUAAGUAUAUUCCAUACUCUAAUGUUAUAACAGAUGAAACAAGCACUGAUGUAACUUACAGCAACUACACUGACAUGACUGAGCAUGUAACACACCAACCGAAUGUGGAUUCUAUACAGUAUGGUACAGAAGGGAAUGAAACUAAUAUAAAGGUAGAACCAGAUUUUGUAUCUGAUCAAGUUGAAGGUUUUGAAACUGAACAUGAUAAUAUGACUGACAUAAACAAUGAUACCCACCAACCAAUGAAACAAGAGAUUAACAUGAAAGAUGCAGCCCAGAAUGAUGAAUCAUUUACUCAAUGGAAAGACACAGCUGAUCAGGAGACUGGAAUAGAACUGAAGAACCCAACAGUAUCAUUGUGCAGACUAUCACAAGCAGAUGUAAAAUGUGCGAGGUUGGGGGAAUUCAUCUGUACAGGGACAGUUAUUAGACAACAGGAAAAAUGUCAAUAUCAAAUGAAACUGAAAAGACAAUUGAAGGUGAAGACUUCAAAACGAUCGAUUUUCCACAGUUCAACACCAACCUUAGAUCAAUCUGUAGAAAAGCUAUUCAGAUGUAACAUUUGUUAUGAAUCAUUUUUCAAAAUCUCAGAUCUUUCUAAACACAACAAGGGACAUGCUUAUAAAAAUAAAUCUGA